AUGUUAAAGAUUAAAGCGGUGUUGACUCCACAUAAAUCUACCAAGAAACCACCGGUUGUCCAACAAAAUACUCGUGGCCGACCAACAACAAAGCAAGUACAACAAAGGUUGGACGAGGCCUCUCGUAUAGACGAAGAAUUGAGGAGAAGCUCCUUCGGUGUUGCAAACACGUGCUUUGAAGGUUCCCGACAAAGUAACUACGAUAACCCUCGCCACAGCUCGUACGUUCCGUCACAGGCCUCUAAACAGUCGGUUAUAAGGUCUCAAAAACCCAAAGCGAUCCUAAGCCGUUUAAAGAGUUCUAAGAAGAAAGAGACACGAGAUGAUCACAGUUUUCCUUUAAUAAUUGGGGACGAGAACGUGGAAAUCAUCAAACAGUUUAAGUCUGCCAUUCCGCCAGUGUUUCACCCGCACAUCUCGUGCAUACGAGAUGUGAGGCCGGACGGUCUUUGUGGGUUUCGAUCUGUGGCUGUGGGCUUAGGGCCUAAUUUGGGAUUCAGUGUCCGGUUGUUCCCCGGAUCACUGGAUGGACUUCCCCUUAGCAGGGCUUCUAUUGCACAAACAUACGGUAUUGGGGUGCACCUGUUAAGCAUGGGUGCGAGUUACACUUUCUUCCCGAUACUAAGUCCUCCGACUAAUCAACAACCACUAUUCAUAACGCUUGCACAUGUUAAUGAGAACCACUUCAUGCAUGUUAAGCUGGAAGGGGAUUAUCCAAUGCCACCGACACACGGGCUAUGGUUCAACCACCGAAGACCCCAUAAGGAACAAUGGGAAGAUAUGUACUUGCCACGUCUAGAAUGGUAG